AUGCUAACCAUCCAGAGCUUACUGAGACCAUGUCUACGCUCGGCUCAACUACGACCAGCCACUCACGCCGUGUCUAACAUUCGAUUGAUAUCAUCCAGCAAUUCUUCUUCCUUUGCCACUCCGGCUGAAGAGCAUGCCGGCAAACAACCGGCCGCGGCCUCGGAAACCAAGGAGUUCUCGAUCUAUCGCUGGAACCCGGACGAGCCGAGUAAGAAACCGAGCUUGCAGACGUACUCUAUCGACUUGAAGAAAUGCGGGCCGAUGGUCCUCGAUGCGUUGAUCAAGAUCAAAAACGAACUCGACCCCACCUUGACCUUCCGAAGGAGCUGUCGAGAAGGAAUCUGCGGUAGCUGUGCCAUGAACAUUGACGGCGUCAAUACCUUGGCUUGCUUGAAACGUAUCAACAAGGAGACCAGUGCACCUGUCAAAAUCUACCCCCUUCCUCACAUGUACAUCAUCAAAGAUCUUGUACCGGAUAUGACCCAUUUCUACAAGCAAUACAAAUCUAUCGAACCUUUCUUGAAGAACGACAACCCACCCGCCCAGGGGGAAUUCUUACAAUCCCCAGAAGACCGUAAGAAGCUUGAUGGGAUGUACGAGUGCAUCCUAUGUGCAUGCUGCUCUACCAGUUGUCCCAGCUAUUGGUGGAACCAAGACGAGUACUUGGGCCCGGCUGUCUUGAUGCAAGCAUACCGAUGGAUGGCCGAUUCACGUGAUUCCUAUGGCGAGGAUCGCAAAGAGAAACUCCAAAACACCCUAUCUCUUUACAGAUGCCAUACUAUCUUCAACUGCACCAAGACUUGUCCAAAGGGCUUGAACCCGGCUAAAGCUAUUUCACACAUCAAGAGAGAGAUGGCCACUGCUUAA